UUCCACCAACCCGGUGGACUGGGGUUUCCUCUGGGCCCAUAAAAGCCUGCAUAUUCUGGAGUGUGUGAUUACCGUUUCCCCCUCCUGGGGGCCACCCCUCUCUCAUUGCCUCCCCCAGCAUCCUGACUUGCCCUUUUUCCUCCUCUUUGGCUGCGCGCUGGGUUAGUGUUUGCAUCUCAUCCACCCAAAACCAGCGGUUAAAUAUCCCAGUGUAGCACAGGAAGAGGUUCCCUUUUUGGGGGGCCCAAGGCUUAACCUGGAGGCUGUGCUUGCUUGGCUGUGUGGGGACCAUUUGCACCGCUGCUUUUGAAGAGGGACUUUCAGAGUAAUGCAACAGAAGGCUUUUGAGGAAAGCAGAUAUCCCUGGCAGGAGUCCUUUGAGAAUGUUGCUGUGUGCCUGCCAUUCGGUUGCCCGAGGUGUGGAGACCAUACUAGAUUUAGAAGCCUGUCGUCCUUGAGGGCCCAUCUGGAAUUCAGUCACAGCUACGAAGAAAGAACCCUCUUGACAAAAUGCAGCCUCUUUCCAUCCCUCAAAGACACAGACCUGGUCCCUUCCUCAGAACUCCUGAAACAGGGAAAAUUGCAGGGCAGCGGCCACGUGGUAAAGCAGAAACCGAGCUAUGUUAACUUGUACAGCAUCGCGCAUGGGCACUCCAAGGACAGGAAGCCAUGUGAGGUGGUGGCGGAGAGGCCCGUGUCCUACGUGCAGACGUACACUGCGAUGGACCUGCGCGCAGACUCGCUGGAUGGGCCGCGGUCCAGCCCCGGCCUUCCCACCUCGGACACCAAAGCUGCUUUCGAGGCACACGUCAGAGAAAAAUUCAAUCGCAUGGUCGAGGCGGUGGAUAGGACCAUCGAGAAGAGAAUCGACAAACUCACCAAAGAGGUGGCCCAGAAAACUGCCGAACUGUUGGAGGUUCGGGCAGCUUUCGUGCAGCUGACUCAGAAAAAGCAGGAAGUUCAGAGGCGAGAGCGGGCCCUCAACAGGCAGGUGGACGUGGCCGUGGAGAUGAUAGCUGCGCUGAGGCAGCGCCUGACGGAUUCCGAGGAGGAGCUGCUUAGGAAAGAAGAAGAAGUUGUCACAUUCAACCAUUUCCUGGAAGCAGCAGCUGAGAAAGAGGUUCAAGGGAAAGCUCGGCUCCAGGACUUUAUUGAGAAUCUGUUGCAACGUGUGGAACUGGCGGAGAAACAGCUAGAAUACUAUCAAAGCCAGCAGGCCUCCGGCUUUGGGCAUGACCUCAGUGGGCAUGUGCUUACAGAUGUCUCGUCAAAUAGGAAGCCCAAAUGCCUAAGCCGAGGGCACCCGCAUGCGGCCUGUAACCACCCUGAUCUCAAGACCCACUUCCAUCCCAAGGGAAGGAGCCACCUGAAAAAAGCCAAGGAUGACAGAGCCAGCAUGCAGCCCGCCAAGUCCAUUCACGAACAGGCCGAGUCCUCAAGAGAACUCUGCAGACCGCCAAAGAAAGGGGAGCUCCUGGGGUUGAGCCGGAAAGGCAACAUCAGGCCCAAAAUGGCUAAAAAAAAGCCGACGGCUAUUGUGAACAUCAUCUAAAAGGGUGGGUGGCUCUGGACCACCCUCGCUGGGUUUUGAGGAAUGUUGUUCCAGGGGCCAAUGAUAGUGUCCUUUUGGACACAUCCCAUAGUAAGACACGUUGGAAUGGCAAAGGGCAUAACACAUUGAAGCACCUUGAUUAACCAGAAUUCAACAAAUGGGAAACUCAGUGAAGCAGAACUGUAUUAUAACCAUACCCUUAUAGAAACUUGCAAAUUACAGAAAGAAUAAAAAAAAAAAAUUAAAGUUUUAUUAAAACAAAGUGCCAGCUUCUAAAAUAAUUGGCCCAGUCUCCAGUGAUUUUGGCAUCUGGGCUUCUAUGCAGUGGUCAUUAAUUCUCAGGCUCAAAGCCACACAAGAUGACAGGCAUUGGGAGAGCAUUCAGCUGUGCCCACUGCUCUCUAAAUUGGGAGGCGAGGAAUCAGAGUGUAAAGUUCUGUUAACAGCAGUGAAAUAAAAAUAUUUGUGUUUGUUUUUAGCCUUCCCCUCAGUUAAUUUGAAAUCCUCCAAAAUAAGGAUUCUGGUUUAAUCAAGAUUUCAGUCUUUGGGUUGCUUGCAGGACUUGCUCAGUCAGACUUCAGUUCUCAUGUCGACGGAACUGUUUUUCAGUUUUGUUUGAUUGAGGUUGUUUGGGGCCCCAGAUGCAUGGUUAUUCAGAUUUCGGUACACCUCUGCUGUCCUCUUUGGCUGAGCAUUCUGCGUCCUCACACCAGGCCUCCAGCCUCUGUCUUAAUAGCAGCUGCUUCUGUCGCGAUGGCUGGGGAGGACGGCUGGGGAGGACGGUAAAACCCUGCUGACCAGCACGCAGCUUUGGCGCGGUGGCUGGGGUGGUCGGAAUGCCAGCGAGUUGCGCGCUUGGUGGCACCGUGACCAUUCUGGAAGCACUGUGGCUGUUACUUGGCCCUUGCCUAGGACCUGCUUCCCUGGCAGUGUCAGCGGCUCGCUCUCUGUCAAAUGUGGACUUUAUCUCCACUGGCCUAGCUUUUCCACUCAGCAGCUCACUUCGCCUCCUGCUGCUUCUGUGCCCUUUCAUGACUAAAAUACACGUUCUUACCUUUCAACCGAGUACCUGGAGUGUUCACUGUACAUUGCAUUCUAAGGUAACUUCUGAAAUAAACAAUGCAUGUAGGAGCCAGAAUCUGACACUGUCCUCCCCUUCCUCCUGCCCCAAACGGCUUUUGUUUCCACAAAGAACUAUCUGUGAAGAACAUCCUGCUUUAUGAUUUUCCUCAAGAAUAAGUUCCCGUGUUAUUUUUUUUUCCCUUACAUUUAGCAAUAUCAUCAGAUCUCACGCAGAGUUCAAAAGUGCUGACAUCCUUCUGGAAACAAGAAUAAUUUUGUCCACAAAGGGUACAUAUAUAUAUACAUAUAUAUAUAUAUAUAAAACACAUAUAAAAAUAUUUAUGUCAAGUAUAUUAAUAAUUUAUUUUUAAAUACUCAUGGAGAAAGUGUGUUUGUGGUGAGUGGUUUUUAAACUAUAUAUUUUUGUUCAUGUAAAUUGAAUUCUCUUAAUUUAAAAAUUAAAACUGUAACCUAAUUAACAUUAGUAGUAUUAUGAUUGUUAUUGCAAUAAGCAUCAGAUUAGCAGUGCUUUAAAAAUAGGUAAUAAAGCAGUUACUCAAAAUGGCAGUCAAUUGAAAAAUGUAACAUACAAAUAUUUUAAAUCUAUCAUAGUGAAAAUGUUGAUUUUUGAAUCUUCACCUUGACUUUUGGCCUAUGGAGGUGGACCAUUCAUGUGAUAUAUAGGCAGCUAUCAAGUGGGGAAAAAAACAUUUCUGUGAAUAUCACUGUUUAGGCUAACAUUGUAAAAAUUGUAAUAUUAUAAUUAUUUAUGUGGAGAAUUAACCUCCUCCAGAGCUAUUUAUUAUUGAUGCUUAUACCAUGAUUGCACUUUUGCCUUUUACAUACUAAAAAAAUGACAUGUUAGUUGUAUUGCAUGCUCUUUGUCCUGUAACGUGUGUGUGAUGACAACUUGUUUUUAAAGAUGUUAUAUAGCCAGAUUUUUUUUCUUAUUUAAAGUAACUGAUGUUUUUGAUUUUCAUUUAACAUGCCUAGAGGGUAUGGCAGCUCUCUUUGACAGUGGUACCCAAUGAUCUUCAGAAAGCACCAUAAUGUCAUGCUACUCUAUCCACAUUACACAAAACAAAUUAUUUUUAUAUUUAUUUAUUAAGACAUUUUUAAGUUCCCACUAAAUUUUGACCCCCAUAUAAGGAAACGUGUUAUAUGUGUUGUGCUUCCUUAGAGACAUAAAUUUACUGUUGAAACACGGGAGCUGGCUCGCUCAGAAGGAUACUCCCAGUUACAUACCAUGGCCUGAGCUGUGUGCCAUGUCCCAUUUGUGUCUUGUUUUUAAAUAUUUUCUUUGCCCACAUGGGCAGUCAACCUUAGAGGUAGGGCAGUUGCUUUUUUGAAGAAAUCACCAAAGUUUCUGGGAAAACAUGUUCAGGGUUAAACUAAAGAAUAGAUCUAAUUUUAUCAUUUGUUUUGUAGGUGAGAAAUCUUCAUUUGAACUAUUCUUUCUUUUUCUUUUUCCCCAAACUAGGUUACAGAUUCUUAUGUGCAGGGUUCAGAUUGCUUAGACACUGUUUUCCAGUAUUCUGCAGGGCCAGUCAGUUGUAUAGAAGUUGGAAUAUUCUGUUCCCAGAAUUUAAUAAAAAGUUUUUAGAUUAUGAAAUAUUAUAAUAAAGCUCUAUUUCUGACUAAUGUCUUGGUACGUUUUGUCUAGUUGAAGUUUUUGGGGGGCCAGGGAUGUUGCUCCAUUAACAGUGAAUAAAAUGAUCCUUCAUGAAUAAUCUGUUAAAUGUGUUAAAAGCUAUUAAAUCACCAUGAUCUUGUUCACCCAUAAACUUUCUUGAAAAUUUA